CGCACUCGCGAACGCACGCGUGUUUCGUUAACCCAUGUCAUCGCGAUGGAUGUGUUACCUAGUGGGAACCUAUUUCGUGAGCUCCAGGAUGUCACCGACACUGGCUAUUUCGAGUGGAAACUGUCCCUAGAAGACUACUGGCAGCAGACAUGCUACGAAAUGGAGAGGUACCUCCGCGAGGAGCCACGCAGCAAACGCCGCUCCGAAGAGGAGUGGGCAAGGUCCCCCGUCUCCCCCCCUUCGCCCCCUCCGCUGUUCGUGGCCGCGGUGAAGAGUGAGCCGCCCAGCGACACAGAGGAGAAAGGUCCGCCACCCCUCGAGGAGAUCCGAGGUUGGACUCUGGCCUCCCCGCUGCCACCACUUCUCUUCCCACUUCCCGAGAAAUGCGAGCCACUAAGUGACACGGAGGACUCGAAAGGCACAAUACAACCUGACUGGUCGGUGGCAUCACCGUCGCCGACACCACCAGCGCUGUUCACCGUCACUGCCGUCAAGGACGAACCUCCCAGCGACUCGGACGAGCCUAGAGGUUCGAUAUCCCGGAAAAGCAGUUGGGGCAAAAAAGACUGGACGUUAUCUGCGUCGCCGCCGCGGCCCGCGCUGUUCGCCGCGAGCGUCAAGGAGGAGCCCAGUGACUCGGACGAGGCCAAAGAGCCGAGCCCGCCCCGCCGCCACGCGCCGCGUCACCACUCGCACGCCGACCCGCGCCGCCGCGUCCACCGGUGCGAGUUCCCCGCCUGCGACAAGGUGUAUACCAAGAGCUCGCAUCUGAAGGCCCACAAACGGACACACACAGGUGAAAAACCCUACAAGUGUUCAUGGGACGGGUGCGAAUGGCGUUUCGCGCGCUCCGACGAGCUCACCCGGCAUUACCGCAAGCACACGGGUGCCAAGCCUUUCCGCUGCCGCCACUGCGAGCGCUGCUUCAGCCGCUCCGACCACCUCGCGCUCCACGCCAAGCGACACGCGUAGCCCGUCAACAACAAGCCAAUCAGGACGCAGGACGCCUAGGUAACUCCUCUCCGAUUGGCCGAGCGGGCAAGCCGAGCCGAGCGCUUGUGAUUGAUUCAGGAAUUGAUCGCGGGCCGAACCAAAGAUUGCUACGCUGUUAUAUAGUCACUCAGAUUAUGCUUUAAAUUUUUUUCGUUUUUGUAAUCUCUUCCGGCUUGGUUGCCGUUUAGCUUAUGCCGCCAAGCGGUGAGUGCCAUCAUUGGGCGGGGGUGCGAGGCUUUAUUUUGUCAACUACUAAAAUGAGGAUUGUAUUGUCAGUUUGUGUAAGGGCGUCCGCUGGCGCGAGCGCACGGA